UUGCCUACCCUUUAGAAGUGGACAAGUGGGCUGUUACUCUGUCAAGAAGGCUAGAAAGCUCAAUGAACCUUUUCAUUACUCUACAUACCUUAUGUUUCUCAUCCAAAAAGGAGCAACUACUCAUUACAGAAGUAAUUAACCACCUCAAGAACCAAGUUGAAUCAUGUUCCGGCUACUGACCUCUUGCUGGUCCCGGCUAAAACCAACUGAAGAGAAACGAAGGAAUGCGACUGUCAUUAUCAUUGGCUUGGAAAACUCAGGCAAAACUGUUCUUGUGGAGGCCUUUCAAAGAUUACUUCCCAGCAGGAUAAACAAUGAUGUGAAAUCAGAACUGACUACACUCCUGCUAGAUGAGUAUGAAGUGGCCAUGUAUGACCUAAAUGGAGAUCUGAAGGGCCAAGAAAAAUGGCCAAACUACUAUGCUCAAGCACAAGGGCUUGUUUUUGUCGUGGAUUCCAGUGAUGUAGAACGUAUGCAGGAAGCAAAGAACAUCUUAACACGUCUAAUGUCUGACAAAAGAGUGGCAGGGAAACCCAUCUUACUCCUGGCUAACAAACAAGACAAAAAGGAUGCCCUCUUGCCUUGUGAUAUUAUCGAAUACCUACUUCUGGAAAGGCUAGUGAAUGAGAAUAAGUCCAAGUGCAGAGUGGAGCCAUGUUCAGCCAUCAAAAACCUCCAAAGGAGGAACCAUCAUCCCAUAAUUGAAGGGCUGCGCUGGCUACUAGCUGCCAUUGGAGAUAAAUAUGAAGAGCUGUAUAUUAGCCAACAACCACCCACUUUGAGCUUUCCAACCUCCAAGAGUACCAGAGGCUCUGGAGAAAGAUGCUCAUCAGAUAGCUUCUCUACCAGAAUAGUAAUGUCCAAAGAAAAAAGACAGAAUUUCGAGAAAAGACAGCAUUUUGAGAAAAGACAGCAUUUUGGACAACGCUCCAUGGAAGCUAGGCCUCUAAAACCAAUUCUACAGAAAGAUGGCCUAAGAUUAAGGCCUAAAAAGAAUAUAUCAGUGACAUUUGCUUUAGAUGAACCCAUGGAGGAAGGUGAAUGUUCUGGGGGAAAUGGAGCACAGAACAUUACUGAGCCUCACUACAACCGAAGCAAUAACUUACAGACUCCAGCUCCAUAUGUUGGUGAUGAUCUUUUUGAAGGCUUUUAAAGGACUAUUAAAAAAGAGAAAAACAGAGGGAAAUCCAAAGAAACAUCUCAAUAUACUUCCCUCACCAAACGGAUUCAUCACCAGAACCAGCAGGGACACUCAGGUUUUUUUAAACUUCUAUUUGAUAAUAUCAGUCCACCAUGCACAAGUCCACCUACUCUAACAUCACAUCCUUGAGAACCACCAUUAUACCUGUACGUCUGUAUUAUACUCAGCAAAUUAAUCCUACACCCACUAAGAGGCUCAAGAAGUUAGGGGGUGUCCAUUUGAGAAGGAACACCAACUUGGCAAAGAAGAACAGAGACUUUACAUCUUUCAUACCCAGAUGCUCCUACUGAAGCUUCAGGCAAGAUGUCGUGGGUGACUAACUGAAAUAGAUUGUCAGAAGUACAGGGUUACUUUAGAAUCACAUUUUUUCCUUUAAGGUUCUUGCACGUCAAGGGGAUGGCAAAAUAAAUAGAAUCUUUUUGUUGAGAA